UACCUACAUCAAGUUGAUUAGACCGAUUAAAAUAUAUGUCUAUUGCGAAAAAAAACGGAGAAUAAGGGAAGGAAGUGCUUCACAACACGCAUGUGCGAUUCAUGCUGUUUGCUGAUAAGAGAGUUAUAAAGAUUAUUCCUUGAGCAUCUCGCUUCAUUGUUCACGUUUCCUGGCUGAUUGAAGGAAUGUCCAAGUUUAAAUCGCUCAUUCGUCCUGCUGUCCUUUUAACACAAGUGGCUUUGCGCCCUUAUGCAGCUUCAAUAACCGUAAAUGUUCACCGCGGUGUUCACAGCCAGAAGCAUGAGGAAACGCGCGAGGGGGUUAAACGAGAGGUCGAGGAGGUGCGCAUUCCGGUUCCGUACGGGGAAAUUGCUGGUAAAUGGUGGGGACCAAAGGACGUACGUCCGGUCGUAUGUUUGCAUGGUUGGCAGGACAAUGCAGGAACUUUCGACCGAUUAAUACCGCUCCUACCACAGCACAUUAGUUUUCUUGCUAUUGACUUCCCUGGACACGGGUUGUCCUCAAGAAUUCCUGACGGAAUGACUUAUCACACACUCGACAGUGUCUAUUUGCUAAAGCUUAUUAUGCAGGAGUAUCAUUGGAAGAAAAUCUCAUUCCUGAGCCAUUCGAUGGGCUCACUCGUUGGUAUGAUUUUCUCGUCUAUUUUUCCGGACAAGAUUGAUUUUCUUGUGGGAAUCGACGCACUGAAGCCACACAUUGCUGAUCCAGCAAAAAUUGGACCACGUUUGGAGAAGAAAAUACCUCAGAUGCUCGUAGCGGACAUAAGAAAUCGCGAGAAAUCCGAACCACCUAGCUAUGCGUUCGAGGAACUUGUUGAGCGCUUACAUCACGGGACGAAUAAAUCGGUAAGCAAAGAAGCCGCACCGUAUCUGCUGAAUCGUAAUAUCAAAAAAUCUACAAUGCACCCGGAUAAGUACUACUUCACGCGAGACAGUCGACUGAAGUACAGCGUCGGGGUUGGCUGGAGUCAGGAUGUGAAUCUGGAGCUUGCCAAACGGAUGACAAUGCCGUACAUGUUUAUCAAAGCACUGCAUUCGCCGUACUACGAGGAGAAGAAGUACUUCGAACAGUACAUAAAUGUCGUGAAGGAAGUGAACCCGAAAUUCGAGCUCGAAUUUGUGGACAGUACGCAUCAUCUACAUCUGACUGAACCGGAGAAGGUUGCCCCGUUGGUUACGAAGUUUUUAUGUAAAUACUGGAACAAGGAAGCAGAUCUUGGCCAUAAGUAGCUCGAUAUUGUUUUACGAUAGAAUAAAAUUAUUUAAAUUUUGUUUUGUUUCAAAAUGUUCUGAGGAAAAUUACAGUAUAGUUCAGCCGUACUUUCUAUGUCCGUAAACUUGAAAGCCUCUAAGGACUGUGCGACAAAAAGUCGAUUUAAAAUCACGGAAUUAAAAGAAUAAAACGUUCAAAAUGUCUGUUAAAGUAUCCUAGAUUGCAGGUGUUUUUUCUUCAAGUUCUAAUAUUCAUCAUUGCAGCGUUAGGUAAUAUAUAACAUUGGUUAUAAUAUUCAUUUAAAGG